GGAAGUGUACUGUGUGUGUGUGUUGCUCUGCUGCUCACGCUGUCCGGAGCUGCUACGGGCUAAGCUAACAGCUAACCACCGCUCGGUCUGUUCUGAUCAUGGCUGCCUCAAAGCCAGUCGAGCCGCAGUCCGGGAGCGGACUCCCCCGCUGGCAGCUGGCCUUGUUAGUCGGGGCGCCCAUAGUACUGGGAGUGGGGGCGGUGUACCUGUGGAACCGCAGCAGGACGAAGCAGGGCAAAGGCACCGGGGAGCGGAAAACUCCCGAAGGCAGCGCCAGCCCCGUGCAGGAGGGCCAGGACGGCGAGGCUCCGCGAGCCAACCGCGAGCCGGAGAAAACGAGCCCACUGGAUCGAGCCCAGGCAGCAAAGAACAAGGGCAACAAGUACUUCAAGGCUGGCAAGUAUGAGAACGCCAUCCAGUGCUACACAGAGGCCAUCGCCCUCUGCCCCACAGAGCAGAAGUCUGAUCUGUCAACAUUUUACCAGAACAGAGCAGCUGCCUACGAACAGCAGUGUAAGUGGACAGAGGUGGUGCAGGACUGCUCUCAGGCUGUGGAUAUGAAUCCACGCUACAUCAAGGCUCUUUUCAGGAGAGCCAAAGCUCUGGAAAAACUUGACAACAAGAAGGAGUGUCUCGAGGAUGUCACAGCGGUGUGUAUUCUUGAAGCCUUCCAGAACCAGCAGAGCAUGUUACUCGCAGACAAAGUUCUGAAGCUGCUGGGCAAAGAGAAGGCCAAAGAAAAGUACAAGAACCGUGAGCCCAUGAUGCCGUCGCCUCAGUUCAUCAAGUCGUACUUCAGCUCGUUCACAGAUGACAUCAUCUCUCAGCCGCUGCAGAAAGGAGAGAAGAAGGACGAAGACAAGGACAAUGAGGGCGAGACAGCCGAGGUCACAGAGAGCUCUGGCUACCUGAAGGCGAAGCAGUACAUGGAGGAGGAGAACUACGACAAAAUCAUCAGCGAAUGCACCAAGGAGAUCGAGUCAGGUGGUCGUUACACUGCCGAGGCCCUGCUGCUGCGCGCCACCUUCUUCCUGCUGAUCGGAAACGCCACUGGUGCUCAACCUGAUUUAGACCGAGUCAUCAACAUGCAGGACGCCAAUGUGAAGCUACGAGCAAACGCGUUGAUCAAGCGUGGCAGCAUGUACAUGCAGCAGCAGCAGCCCAUGCUCUCCACACAGGACUUCAACAUGGCUGCCGAGAUCGACACACGUAACCCUGACGUGUAUCACCACCGAGGACAGCUGAAGAUCCUGCUGGACCAAGUGGACGAGGCGGUGGGAGACUUUGACGAGUGCAUCGUCCUCAGACCUGACUCUGCUCUGGCUCAGGCACAGAAAUGUUUCGCUCUCUACAGACAAGCUUAUACUGGAAACAACCCGUCACAAGUCCAGACGGCCAUGGACGGCUUUGAGGACGUCAUCAGGAGGUUUCCAAAGUGUGCAGAGGGCUACGCUCUUUAUGCUCAGGCUCUGACUGACCAGCAACAGUUUGGAAAGGCAGACGAGAUGUACGACAAGUGUAUCGAACUGGAACCAGAUAACGCUACCACAUAUGUCCACAAGGGGUUAUUACAGCUUCAGUGGAAACAGGACCUGGACUUGGGUCUGGAGCUCAUUAGUAAGGCCAUUGAAAUAGACAACAAGUGUGACUUUGCUUAUGAAACUAUGGGAACCAUUGAAGUGCAGAGGGGGAAUUUGGACAAGGCCAUAGAGAUGUUCAACAAGGCCAUUAACUUGGCCAAGUCAGAGAUGGAGAUGGCUCAUUUGUACUCGCUGUGUGACGCAGCGUACGCGCAGACAGAAGUGGCCAGGAAGUACGGCCUGAAACCGCCAACACUGUAACUGUAACUCUUUCAGUCCAUCGCCAACCUCAGUCUGCAUCGCUUAAACACACCGACUGUGUUCAAACGCAACUGUCUGACUCACUUUGACCUGUAGAUUAAAAACACACAGAGUACUUAUAUGUGGAAAUGCAAGAGCCCUGACAUAGAUAUAUAUAAUUUACACACACACACAGUGUUUUCAUACCAUUAAAAAGGUUUGUUGUGAAGGAGCUAAAGAAUUUUCUCAAACUAAAUUGUCCAAAUCAUAGACUGUAUAUAAAGACAGACGUAGUCUUCUGCUUGAAAAAAGUGAAGCCAAUGAAGUAGGACAGGAGUAGUUGUUGGCCACAAGGGGGUGACUCCUGGUUUGAAACAGAACUUGGUUUGAUUAGAAGUUGAUAAGAAAAUUAGCCACUAUUGAAGUUUGUAAACCACUCACUCUCCCACACCAAAGUCCAGAGGUAGCAGUAGACCAGCAGCUCCUGUGUCCCCGCCAUCUAAAAUCACAGAUUUUCUCUAUGGACUUUGGUGUGGGAGAGUGAGUGGUUUACAAACUUCAGUAACCAAUAAUUGAACCACACUAAUGGUCCGUCUCUCCAAUCUACAGUAUUUUCAAUAAAAAUGAUGAAGUACAUAAUAAAUUCAUGAAACAAGUCAUCAAAAACUAAAAGAAAUAUACUUUUGGAUGAAAACAAUGAUUCAACGACUUUGUGACGUUUAUCAAGUUUCUGAGAACAAAUCAAAUAUCAGCCUUAUUAAUGUCUACCUCUAUUAAUAACAUCAAUAAAUAUAGAGCAUGAUGUCAGUUUUGUCAAUUAUAUGUACUUUGUCAUCUAUUUUCCUCUAAAUGUGAACAUGAGUGGACACCCGUGUGGUUGACGUCUGUGUACUUUUUUUUUUUUU